GGGACUCCCGGGCGCCGCAGGAACCGGCGAGCCAUGGACGGGGGUGGGGGUGUCUCCUCCUCGGCCCUGGAGAAGAACGUGGCGGAGCUGACGGUCAUGGACGUGUACGACAUCGCCUCGCUGGUGGGGCAGGAGUUCGAGCGGCUCAUUGACCAGCACGGCUGCGAGGCCAUCGCCCGCCUCAUGCCCAAGGUGGUGCGGGUGCUGGAGAUCCUGGAGGUGCUGGUGAGCCGCAAUCACAUCAACCCCGAAAUGGAGGAGCUGCGGCUGGAGCUGGAUCGGCUCCGCCUGGAGAGGAUGGACCGGAUCGAGAAGGAGAAGAAGCACCAGAAGGAACUAGAACUGGUGGAGGAUGUAUGGAGAGGGGAAGCACAGGAUCUUCUUACCCAAAUUGCUCAGCUUCAGGAAGAGAACAAACAGCUGAUGACAAACCUGUCGCACAAAGACAUCAAUUUCACAGAAGAGGAAUUUCAGAAACACGAAGGAAUGUCGGAGAGGGAGAGGCAAGUGAUGAAGAAGCUGAAGGAAGUGGUAGAUAAACAAAGGGAUGAGAUCAGAGCCAAGGACCGGGAACUGGGACUUAAAAAUGAGGAUGUGGAGGCACUGCAACAACAACAGAACAGGCUAAUGAAAAUUAAUCAUGACCUUCGGCACAGAAUCACAGUAGUUGAGGCUCAAGGGAAAGCGCUGAUUGAGCAGAAGGUGGAAUUGGAAGCAUAUCUGCAAACCAAGGAACAGGAGAUGGGCACUUUGAGGGCAGAGCUUGGGAAGCUGAGAGAGAAGCUACAGGGGGAGCACAGCGAAAAUGGAGAAGAAAUAAAGACAGAACCUAACAAUGAUGACUAUCUCUCUGAAUCGGAGAAGAUGGCUCUGGAUUUAAAAGAUCCAAACCGUCCAAGAUUUACUCUACAGGAGCUACGGGAUGUCUUACACGAGCGGAAUGAACUGAAGUCUCGAGUGUUUUUGUUGCAGGAGGAGCUUUUAUAUUAUAAGAGUGAGGAAACAGAAGAAGAAACUAGAUCCCCUCAACCUACACCCAUAAUUAAUUCAAAAACCUCAACUCAGCCAGAAUCUGGAAUCAAACGACUAACCCAUCUGUCUUCAUUGUCUCUCUCAUGUCUGGAGUACCUGAAACUGUGGCACCAGCAGUCCUCCGUGGCUGGGACACUGUCUGCAAUCCCGAGCUAGGGGCACUCCAGGACUUUAGCAGUCCCAACAUAGGCCAAGGUUCGGCAGGUGCCGGGGGUCUAUGUGAUUGCCUGAAAUGAAAGGAAACCGAAUUGCUGGGAAAGAAAAAGGCCCCCAUUUCUGUGUCUUCUCCUGCGGCUGCCACUUUACAGCCCACCCACUCAGGGACCAGAAGGAGAAGUGUAACAGCCCAGGUAACCAGCUGCGUCUUGGUGAGGUGAGAAUUAGGGAUACAGUUUAUCCCUCGAGCUGACAGAUCUCUCCUGCUCCAGGCAGUCUUUCAGCACCCAUAGACUAUAGCCAUUUAAUUACCUAAAUAGUAAAUAAAUCCCAUUAUAACCAUUUUACAGAUGGGGACGUGGAGGUAAAAAGAAGAUACGGCCAAAUUAAUAGACAAAAAUACAGCUUACCCCAGUGAUACUGCCGGGCUGGGAGAUGCAACUGUGGCUGAGGGGAGCCUUGGUCAAGUUACUUAGGAUCUGAUUCUGCAAGGUGCCAAGUCCCUCCUGUGCUCCAGGUCCCAGUGCCCGUGGAAGUUGUGGACACUUAGAACUGCUCAGCACCUUGUAAGAUCAGGCCCCAAGUCACUUGCUUAAGACCAUAGAGGGAGACACUGUAACUGCAGUAUUCUACUGUAAGCUCUCCAAACCUGCAAUAGCACUGGGAUAAGAUGUAAUAGAUUAAAAACACUACCUUAGUACUCCUUUGGAACAGAGCUGGGAUUAGAACUGACAGCCUUAGCUGCCACUCCUGUUCUCAGCCUGUCUCUCGACAAAGCCUAACUAAGAAAAUACAGAUUUAUUGCCAUUCUCUUAAGAAAAGCUGUAUGUCUGCCUCUUUAAAACACACCUCUUUCCCUUCAAUGUGAAUACAGUAUUAUAAAGCCACCAGGCAUAUUCUCUACCAUCUUGGAUUGGCUCAUACAAUUGGUGAGUCGCUGCAUUUGCAAACAGCUAAGGGAAGUUCUGAAAUCUACAUUUUUCUCCCUGGGGUUACAGCUUGAUUUUUAGAUUCUCUACAAGUUUAAAGGAGCACAGAUCUCCUGAGAUCACCUUGAUUUACCAGUAAGUUUGUCUCUAUUCCUCUAUGGCUGCAUGUAAUCAGAGAACAUCUGUUGUCAGCCAAAAGGAGAUACUUGCGGAAAAAGCAUCAGCACUGGGAUUUAAAAUGCUGGCUCUAUUUUGUUUGUACACUGUACAGAAAGACCCUUUUCUUUAAGAGCACCACGCUUGUUUGUUCAAUGUAAUGCCUGAAGUAGUCUUACGUCUUGUUCUGAUGUCUGAGCUCUAUAGAUAACUGAGUGGGCCAUGAUGUGUAAAACUAGAAGUCCAGGCUAUGGUGAAUAAUAUCUUUGUUUUGAUUCAAGAAUAGCAGCUACAGCAGCUGUGUUAGGAAGGCUUCCGAGCUGCAUUAGGUCACAAGUGAAAUGACUCUGGUGAUCUCAACUUUAUCCUUAACUGACAUUAGUCCAUAGCACAAAAAUAAAUUGGCCACAGUUGCCGGUAUCUGCAGAGGAGAAUCCUUAGAACAGCAGAGGGUGUUGCAGGUAUGGACGAAGAUGCUUUGUGUGGGCCAGGUCAGACAGAGCAUCUAGCCAAAGUGCUCUCUCAUGUUCAGGUUUUUUGAGCGCCAGAGUGUACCUCCAAGUUGCAUGAAUUGUAUGAUGUGCUGUAAAAGGGCUGAAACUGUCACAGCAAGUCAGCUAAAUAAUGUUUCUUCUAGCAUAGUUGUAAGGCUUUGAAACCAGUAUUAUCGCUGCCUGUGGUUGGCAUUUCUGCAUGUGUAUUGAUGCAGAACCUCUCAGAAGAGAGACAUGGACCCUUUUUUAACCAAGUAGAAUGCAAUGGGGUUUAUUUCAAGUCUUCAAAUACUUUUUUUUUUUAAACUUGACAGUAUCAGUUUUGUCACUUGCAAUACCCUUAAAACUGUAAAAUGGAUCAUUUCUAGCCCUAUUUCCUAUGCAAAUAUCCAUGGAAAAGCAGUAGCUAGUCUGUUGUAUUAUAAAGCACUGUUUGUAUUUCUGAACAUCCACCUUCAUUCUUCACUUCAUCAUUAUGUAUGUGCCUGUUUUUUACAAACCUGUAACUGGAAAAACAAAUGUAUUCUCAUGCUCUGCAUUGCCAGAGAUUAUAAUCCCUUGGUGAAGUUACAUGAAGGCUAUGUGCUGCAUCACAGUAGAAAAUUGACCUCUCAGUUAUGAAUAUUUUUAAGAUGGAAUAAAAACCAGAUUUUAAUUACUGUACUAAUUUAUCUAACCCAGAAGUGCCAGUGAGCAGCUGUCUUGAGUGAUGCAGAUACAUUUCUCCCUCUCCCUCUAACUACUCCCAUGUGUGAUCAUUCAGAGUAACCCUAUGUAUCUUGUUUACCUGUCUUUUAUGGAAUGUCUCUUUUAUUUAUUACUCCAGUCUUAUCUCUGUGCCUGU